UUUGUAGUGUUUACAAUGAAUGAAUAUUAAACAUUUUUUUUCUCUUUAUUCAGGUUUUAUAUGGAAUAAAUAUCAGACUCCAUACGACCACUGGGAGGUGGAGGUAGUGUUCCGGGUCACAGGACGGGGCCGUAUUGGGGCUGACGGUCUGGCUAUAUGGUACACCACAGACAAGAGCCAAGAUGGUCCCGUUUAUGGAAGUAUCGAUAAAUGGAAUGGCCUAGGAGUGUUUUUUGAUUCGUUUGAUAAUGAUAAUCAGCGUAACAAUCCAUACAUUCUUGCUGUUGUAAAUGAUGGCACAAAAAAUUUUGAUCACAACACUGACGGUUUGACGCAGCAGCUUGGUGGAUGUCUUCGUGAUUUCAGAAACCGGCCGUACCCAGUUAGGGCAAAGAUUGAAUACUACAAGAAAACCUUGACAGUGUCCUUUCACAGCGGAAUGAGUAACUCAGAUGCUGAUUAUGAGCCAUGUCUCAGAGCCAACAAUGUAGAGCUCCCGAAACAUGGAUACUUUGGAGUAAGUGCAGCUACUGGUGGGCUUGCCGAUGAUCAUGACUUGCUGAAGUUCCUGACUCACAGCCUCACACCCCCAGAUGCUGAGGAACAAGUUGGGGAUGGCCAUAUUACGGAAGAAGAAAGACAGAAAUUCAAGGAGGAAUAUGAACAAUAUUAUCAGAAGUUGGAAAAACAAAGAGAAGAAUACCGCCAGAAGAAUCCAGACAAAAACAAAGACUACGAUGAUUUGUUUGAAGAUCAGACAUCAAGGGAGCUCCGUCAAGUUUAUGAAGCUCAAAGUAAUAUUGUUAGGAUUUUGGGUUCUCUACAACAGAAAUUAGAUGAAAUUUCUGGCCGUCAAGAAAGAACCAUUUCUACGAUUACUAAUAUGCAACAAGCAGGAGGAGUGCAACCUGCUGGGGGCAAUCAAGGUCUGCCACAAGACAAUAUUAAGAGACAUGAAGUGGAUACGAUGUUACGAGUUCAAUCUGAUGUCCAACGAACAGUGAAUGAUUUAAGGUCUGCUGUUGGAGAUAUACAACAAAAAGCUAACUUUAUUCAUGCGAAGUCCCAACAGCAACAAGGCGGAGGAGGGGGCUUUGAUGGAGGUGUACUUACACAUGAAAUACAGGACAACCUUCGCAAUAUAAGAGCUGAUUUGGGCUCUUUAGUUAAAAGACCGGAGCAAAAACAGAUUGCUUGUCCACCCAUCCCAGAAUUUCCUACUUGCCUGACGCCAAUGUCAAGCUUUAAAUCGCAAUAUAUUUGUAUAUAA